AUGUGCGGCAGAUACGCGCUGGCACUGGGUGCCUCCCAGGUGCGGCAGAUGCUCGAGGACGACGACAUGCCCGUGGCUGACGCGCCCGACGACGACGGCGCCGGCGCACCCCGCAACUCGUACAACUUUGCUCCCGGAUAUCAUGGCAUCGUCUACCGCGCCGCCACGCCCGACUGGGGCGCCGGGCCGAGACCCCACGCCGGCCACGACGACAACGACGACAACGAGAAGCCUCCGCUGCCGGCAGACGUCGUCACCUAUAGGCUGCAGGCUAUGAAGUGGGGGCUGAUACCCUUCUGGACCAAGCGCAACCCUGACUACUCGUCCGUUAUGAGGACCAUCAACUGUAGGGACGACUCGCUUAGCACCCCGGGCGGCAUGUGGGCCACUAUGAAGGCUCGCAAGCGCUGCAUCGUCGUCGCCCAGGGCUUCUAUGAGUGGCUUAAGACCGGGCCUAGGGAUAAGCUUCCGCACUACGUCAAGAGAAAGGACGGGCGUCUUAUGUGUUUCGCGGGCCUAUGGGACUGCGUCCAGUACGAGGGCUCCGAGGAAAAGACGUAUACUUACACCAUCAUCACCACCGACUCGAAUAAACAGCUUAAGUUCCUCCACGACCGUAUGCCCGUUAUUCUAGAUCCGGGCUCCGAUAAGAUCAAGGCGUGGCUAGACCCGACGCAGCACGAGUGGACCCGUGGGCUGCAGUCCCUACUCCGCCCCUUUGACGGCGCCCUCGACGUCUACCCCGUGAGCAAGGACGUCGGCAAGGUCGGCAAUAACUCACCCUCGUUCAUCAUCCCGCUCGACAGCAAGGAGAACAAGUGCAACAUUGCAAACUUCUUCUCCAACGCGCAGCAGAAGAAGGAGGCCAAGGAAGAGGGCUAUAGGGAUGGGGACCACGGAGAUGUUUCAAAAGAGAAACGAAAAGCUGCACCGACUGGUGGAGACAGUCCUCCGCUGAAGAAGUUCGCAGUUGACAAGAAGAAAAUUAGCUCGACAAAGAACGAGCACAGAAGCCCCGUCAAGUCCAAGGACCCCCGUUCUCAGAAGAUCACAAAGUUUUUCGGCAACAGCGCGUAG